AUGGGCGCCGCCAGGCUGCCGUUUCCCCGCAGCGCGCGAACCGCGUGCCGUGCUCUGUGCGUGCCCAGCAGCUCCCCUCCUGGGAGGGGCGAGGCGGGGUCGCAGCCCGUCGAGAACCGCGCAACCUCGCGGAAGCAAGGACUUGUCAGGACGAUGGCGACGUCGGGGGGCGGCGGGGGCGACGGGCCGAUGCAGUGGCUCCCGCGGCGCCUCCUCCAGGUGCAGGACGCGCGCAGUGGGCCGAGAGUGCGCGUGCUGACGUGGAACAUCCUGGCGGACGGCAUGGCGCAGAACGGCGGGUUCGUCACCACGGACCCGCGCGACCUCGAGUGGGACCGGCGGCUGCCCCGCAUUGUUCGCGAAAUAGCAGAGAGCGGGUGCGACGUGUGCGUGCUCCAGGAGUGCAACAACUGGGAGGGCGGCGUGCGGCCGGCCGUGAACGCGCUGGGGCUCGACGGGGUGUUCUUCGCGAAGCAGGACAGCCCCGCGGUGGGCUACGGGGCGGAGCCGGACGGCCUCGCGCUGCUGUACCGGCGCGGCGCGGUCGAGAUGGAGUGGCACGAGUGCCACACCUACACGGACCCGGCGCAGGGCGGCAGGCAGUGCAACCAGAUGUGCCUGCUCGCGGGGAUGAGGCACGUGGAGACGGGCGUGCGGUUCGUGGCGGCGACGACGCACCUGAAGGCCAAGGAGAGCCCUGCGAACGACGCGCUGCGGGAGAGUCAGGCGCGGCAGCUCGUGGAGCGGGUGGCGGCGGCGCGGCGGCGCGUCGCGGGGGCGGCGGGGGCGCGGGGGCGGCGCGGGGGGCGGCGGGGGCGCGGGGGGCGCGCUGCCGCCGCUGGUCCUGGCGGGGGACUUCAACUGCGAGCCGGACAGCCGCGCGGUGCAGGUGGUGUUGCAGGACUCCCCGGGGGUGGCUGGGCUGUGGGACGUGCUCGGGUGGGGCGCGGAGGAGCCGCGGGUGGCGGCGUCGGUGGAGGACGUGUCGCCGGGGUGCGCGUUCACGACGUGGAAGUUCCGCGACAGUGA